AGUAUGAUAGAGGCCAUUAAUACUUUCCAAAAAGAAGCAAAUCUGCAUUUCACAACGACCCAGACACUUCCAGACAUUCCAACCCUAAAUGGGAAAGGCAGUGACGACAGCAUGGAAUCAAAUAUUGCUCAGGGGAAAGACACGGGUAUAGUGCAAGGGCAUUCUGAGGACAUUACACCAGAUGGUGCCACUGUCUCUGCUGAUCAGCUGCCCAGCUCCCAGCGCACUCGAGCUGAUUCAAGCAUCACUACAAACCCUCACUUACCGCACCUACAGAAUAACGGCGCACACAUGGUUACACAAAAUAUCCAAUCACAUCAAACAGGUAUCAGGUUCAGUUAUGGUUAUUGCACAUCAACACAUAAACGCAUAAAAUAUAAGCUAUAUGUUCAAUACUUAAUAUAUAACAAGAUCUCAAUUCUGCCUGCUUUAAGUCUUUUAUUUAUUUUGUACAGGUCAAGACAUUGCAAACCUUACAAAGAUGGUGCCAGAUGUGCUAUCCGAGACAUCAAAGGGAGACGAGCCACAACAAAGUGCCUUGGUGAGGAUUGGUGGUUUUCUAGGACCAAUAACACGGCCAGGGUUCUCUGAUUAUUCACGCCCUUGUCUGCUGGGUUUGGGGGUCUGUGUGGCACCAUCUGGGCCUAAUGGCACCACCCUUCAGUGGGAAGACCUCAGCCGUACUCUGGCCUUUGCCUGGGAGCUGCACGUGUUCGGCUGUGCUGCCCUGUUCCUGCUGUUGGUUGGUGGCGCCCUCUGGGGGCUGACAAGUGCAGUUGGUCUGCUUCGUCCUUACAGUAUUGCCCUACCCAUGGCAAAUAUUUUGCUGCUGCUAGCGGGGGUAUUGAGGUGUGCUCAUUUCCUGAUUGACCCGUAUGGUACGCGGCACCUUCUGCCACGGCCUGCUCUCUCAGCCCUGUACAACUUGCCACUUCCGCUUCUGUUGUGGGCACAGGUUGUACUGGCGAUGAUUGUUUUGCGCGGGCAGAGGCUGAAUCUCCUGCCCCCUGCUCUGCAGCGCCCCCUUGUGACUGGAGGACUAGUGUCCCUACACUGUUCUCUUCUCUUCGGGGCUGAUAUCCUCUCCCAGGCCCUGUCUCCUGCUCUACCCCUAAUGCUACAGACCUUUUCAGUUUGCUGGGGCUUGCCUCUCUGCUUGGGUCUCCUCUUCCAAACUCUGAGCCCUCGUCAGUCAGUCAGGACGCCUGUUCCACAGUGGCCAGCAGCCAAGCGCGUUGAAGAUCGGGCACGGCGAGUGUUGUCUUUGUGUACCGUCUUGGGAGCGCUAAGCUAUGCUCUUCAGAUCCACGGAGUCCUCUGGAUUUACGGCCUGCUCGGGGACUGGAGGCGCUUCGGCUGGGGCUGGUGGUUGGGUCAGUUCUCCGCACGACUGUUGGAACUGACGUGGAGCUACUCCCUGCUCCUGCUGGCGUCGUGGGUUUUCUGGAGACCCAGGGGCAGCAAUCGCAGAGGAGAGGGGGAGGCAACACAGAGGGGGAGGCUGGGAUCUUGUUGGGACAGGAUGCUGGAGAACUUGCCCAUGGGUCCCUGGAGGAUGCCAGACAGACACUGGGCAGAGCUUAUGCCCAAUAACUGGGCAGCCCACCAACGUGCCAACGCAGAUGUUAGCACCUCCGUGAGUCGUAACUAUGACGAUGUCACAACACUACAGGGUCGAAAGGACAGUAAUUCAGACAGCACCACGAACAGCACCAUGUGUGACUCCUACCCCACACCUCUGUGGUCACAUGGACUCGACUGGAGUGAAAGGGAUUGCAUCUUGUCUCUCAUUGAGUUUGACUUGUGUCCCCCAUCACCCAUCAGUCUUACUCGCAGCAUUGACAAUGCACUCCACUUCGAUGACAUCCUAGGUCAGGGCUGCCUCUUCACACCACCUCCUCCAUCUUGGACUCAAGGCCUGGAGCCAUACUGUCCGCAAACAGGCAGUGCCGCUGCCCCUUCGACACCCACACAUAUCGCCUACAGGUGGGCUCUGGAUGCUGCCUCCAGUCCUGUGCGGCCUCAAUGCUUUAGGGGCUCGCUGCACCACUCCCAACCAUUGGGGUCAGAAGGUCAGUCUCCUCUAUCUACAAAAGACCUCAACCUGCACUUAGAGGAAUCAGACGACUGGGGCAGCAUGGGUAGUACAGACGACAUCACUGACCUAUAG